AUAGGCGAGAUGGAAAGAAAUGUCAGCAACGAAUUCAAAUGCAAUCCCAUGGCCAGUAGCUCACGCUUGCGCUGCCAUGGCGGCUCAGCUUCAUCCGUUUAUCCGACCGGCUGGACGCAGUGAGAAACACACACAGGGGAGAUGGAUACAAAUUAACUGAGCAACUAUGAAUAGAAAUGAGCCUCAAGUGAGUGAGACUGGUCGUGGUGUUUCGGGUCGUCCGGAGGGGGACGAGGCGAGCGAGCAAUGGCCGGAGGCCAGCUCAAAUCCAGCGAUACGGCAGAGAGCAUGUGUUUCCUGUUGCAAGAAUUGCGUGGUGCAUCGGCUUGAUGUUGAAACUGGGCUCAGACCCGGCUCCGAUCCUCAACGCGCAGCUGAUCAAUGGGACAGAACCGACUCUGAGCCUCAACAUCAGGACAAUUCAUGGGAUAGAAACUAUCGCGAACCACAGCAAGCUAACACAUAUGAGCCCAAAAACACCAAACUCCUAGCUAAUACGAUAGAUCAUGACUAUUUCGAGCGUCCAUCCCGACGCAGCUCAACAGUCCAAAACUAUGCCCAGCCGCAGGGUCAAGCUCACUAUCCUCCUCCUCCGCCUCAACCGCAGCCGCCAACUGAUGCUGGGUUUGGCACAAGACCAGCAGAAACUCAAUCCGAGGACCCUCCAAUCAGCAGUCAGCAGAGGCCCACCAUACUGGUCAUCGUGGUCAACUAUUUGAUGCAUUCCCAAUUUAGCCACAAAAAUUCAGCUGGAGCCCCUUUAAAUAAUGGCUGUAAUCCCGUCGCUUAUCAAGCCGACUAUCGGGAUCCACCCAUCUACCCAGACAGAAAUAGCAUCAACGAAAUGAAUCUGAAUCGCGCUUAUGGCCCUGCAGAGAAUCAAUACUAUCCGAAUGUCUACGCAACAUAUCCAAACCAGGAACAGCGCGUCCAAAUUGGACCAUACGAUGCGCCUGCCAGGUUCAACGAUGAUGAUUGCUGCUGCAGUAGACCAUACGGCCGAGCGCAGACGGGCUACGAGCAGCAAGUCCCAAAUGGUAGAACAAUGGGCCAAGGUAACAGGUGUAGCUUUGGGCAGCAAGCCAGAAAUGGAACAAUGGACCAAGGUCACAGGUGUAGCUUUGGGCAGCAAGUCAGAAAUGGAUUAAGGGACGGAAGUCGCAGGGACACCUAUGAAGUGGAGCGGGAUGCCAGACAACGUCACAAGGCCUAUGCCAGCCAAGCAUUGCAGUGUCGAGACCGCUGCCCAAUAAACAAUCAGAGAUCAAAUUCAUUCUAUAAUGAUAUUGGAUCAGGGCGUGGCACGGGAACGACCAUUGGUCAGGGUGAACGCAGUUUUGAGUUUAGUGGCGGCAGGGAAGCAUCCUUUACCAGCAUAGCCGAUCAAAGUGUAGCCGAUCCGAGCGUAAACGAUCAGAGCGUAAUCGAUCCGAGCGUAACCGAUCGAAGCACAACCGAACGAAGCACAACCGAACGAAGCUUAACCGAACGAAGCUUAACCGAACGAAGCUUAACCGAUCAGAGCGGCAGCGGCGAAUGUGUCUGUGAUUCAAGGUGUGACUGUGACUGUGAAUGUGAGCUCCGUGAUCUGGAGAAUACGCUCGAGAGCCUCGUGCCCAAUGAGGAGUGCUUAUGCUAUUUGGAUCAAAUGGAAAGGGACAAGAGAGCGAAAGUUAAGAAGAAAAAGCAGCGAAAACCAAAAGUCAUUUACGAUCGAUUCGCAACUCCACCUUUUGUAAUCGAGCCCAAGACCUUUUGCCUAGGCUGCCUAGGCUGCAACAGGUCCUGUUGCCAUCCCUGCUGUGGUCGUUGCUGUACCUCCUGCUACCCCUGGUGUCAGUCAAGAUGAGGAAAAUACAAAGGGUUGCUCAGCUGAUGUGUAACCCAUGUGAAAACUGCUCGCAUAUGAAAUUCAACCAUAACACCACAAAUAAAGUUAUAGAUCCUACCCCGAAACAAAAUAGGAACGGAAAACUGUGUCAAUACUUGUCAAAA